UCCGGAUUAUACAUUUAGCCCGGAACUCGCCGGUGCCACGUUGAGAAGAGUCGAUAUAACAGUAGACAACGGUACAGUUCAGACCUCUCCUCGCCUUAGUGCAAGCUUCCACGACAUGAACACGUUAGUUAUUUUAUUACUAGGCCUUGUUGCCUAUUCUGCAGCUGAGGUUGCUGAAGAAGAUGGCGUGUUGGUGCUGACGAAAGAAAAUUUUGAAGAGGUUACCACCGAGAACGAAUUCGUUUUAGUUGAAUUUUAUGCCCCAUGGUGCGGACACUGCAAGGCUCUUGCCCCAGAAUAUGCAACGGCUGCCAAGACUCUGGCCUCUGAAGGCUCUGGAAUUAAACUGGGAAAAGUUGAUGCCACAGUUGAAUCUGAUCUGGCCGAGAAGUAUGAAGUACGUGGCUACCCCACGAUCAAGUUCAUGCGUAAAGGAAAGGCUACUGAAUAUGCUGGUGGAAGAACAGCAAGUGAUAUUGUGAACUGGCUCAAGAAGAAGACCGGUCCCCCAGCCACUCCUCUGAAGUCAGCUGAUGACAGCAAGGCAUUCAUUGAGGCAGCAGAGGUUGCUGUCGUUGGAUUCUUCAAGGACCAGGAGUCCGAUGCUGCAAAGGCUUUCCUUGAGGCUGCUGGCGGUAUUGACGACAUUCCAUUCGGUAUCACCUCCGACGAUGCUGUAUUCAAGGAUAACAAAGUUGACAAGGAUUCCAUCAUUCUGUUCAAAAAGUUUGAUGAAGGCAAGAAUGUGUUUGAUGGUGACUUCAAAGCUGAUGAUAUAGCAACAUUUAUAUCUGGAAACCGUUUGCCACUGGUUGUCGAGUUCACCCAGGAGUCUGCCCAGAAGAUCUUCGGCGGGGAGGUGAAGAAUCACAUUCUGCUGUUCAUGGACAAGGGAGAGGGUUUCGAUGAGAAGGUUGAAAUUUUCAAGUCUGUUGCCAAGGAUUUCAAGGGAAAGGUACUGUUUAUCACCAUUGAUACCACCACCGAGGACAACGCCAGGAUCCUGGAAUUCUUCGGUCUGAAGAAGGAGGAGACGCCUGCCAUCCGCCUCAUCUCACUCAAGGAAGACAUGACAAAGUUCAGACCCCCGUCUGAUGAAAUUACCGAGGAAUCAGUUCGAUCAUUUGUCCAGUCAUUUGUUGAUGGAAAAUUGAAGCCCCACCUGAUGUCAGAGGAAGUUCCUUCGGACUGGGACGCCAAGCCAGUUAAGGUUCUUGUUGGCAAAAACUUCGCAGAAGUUGCACGUAACCAAGAAAAGGAUGUUUUUGUUGAAUUUUAUGCCCCAUGGUGCGGCCACUGUAAGCAGCUGGCUCCCAUCUGGGACGAACUUGGCGAAAAGUUUAAGGACAAUGACAAGAUCGUUGUUGCCAAGAUGGAUUCUACAGCAAAUGAAUUGGAAGAUGUAAAAAUUCAAAGCUUCCCAACAUUAAAGUUUUUCCCAGCUGGAAGUGAUCAGAUAAUUGACUACAAUGGAGAACGAACAUUAGAAGGUUUCAGCAAGUUUUUGGAAAGUGGUGGCAAGGAAGGUGCUGGACCUGCUGAUGAGGAGGCAGAGGAGGAGGAGGAAGAAGAGGAGGGGGAAGAUGAUGGCCAGGACCACGACGAACUUUAAUCUGUGUGCAAAUUAGGUUCAUUAUUCUCAGUGGCGGGAGAGAACACUCACGUUAGCUAAGAUAUCAUCUCAUAAAUACCAUCGAUGUCAUCUUCCAUUAUCAUCUACUCCAUGGCUGCAGUGUCGGCGUAUCCAGCAUUGUACAUGAUCUAAGUUAAGAGCCCCUGCCGCAGGUCUGCACUAUGUGUGGUGGCGAGUGGGUGGGCAGUGAUCAGUUCUGAACUCUGUUGUUGGUGCAAGGGUGAAAGUGUCUACCAUGUGUGAAUUAGCAUUUAAGGAACAUUCCUUAACUUAAAACGUUUUUGUUUCUGAGAAGUGUCGUGAAGUUUUAUUUUGCCAGGGGACAGUUAUCAGGGAGAACUUUCUCACAAAAGGAUUUUUUAGAAAACUAUUAACUUAUAGUUUGUCUUAUGUUUUAGAGACCUUUUACUCGCUUUGUCUCAUGGAAGGCUUUGUAAAUAUUUUUUGUUAGAUUCUUAAGAGAGGUCUGGGGGUGUACCAUUGCCUCUUGUGAAAACCUUGUUGAGUUGUGCCAGUUAACCGAAGUCUUGUUACUUACUUUGUGAAAUCAAGUCAUAAUAGCUUAUAAGUUAUUUGAAAAUCUGAAAAUAUAGGUCUUGCUACAGUUUGUACGAACCAUCCAUCUUUAAAUUUAUUAACACAUGCUCAUCUUUUUGUAUAAUUAAGAUGGAAAUAAAAAAAGUAAAUUAAC